UUUUAUUCUGAUGCAAGUGAAAUUUAAACCGAAGUCUGCAACAGCCACUUGGUGCCUAAAUUUACCCGCUCUAACCCAAAAACAAAUGUAAAAAAAUGUCAAUGUCUCUCUCUUUCUUUCUAAAAGGCAGACCAUCCACAACCACUUUAUUCUAGUUUGCUUAUUCCUUAUCUAUCUCUAUCCUACAACUAAACCAAAGGACAGAUAAACAAGAGAGAAUUCCAACGUUUCACACAAAAAUAUGGAUACUCAACAAGGAAAAACGAAAGAAGAAGAAGAACAACAAUCAACAAAGCUUAUAGAACCAAAUUCCACAACAACAACAACUACUACUACUUCAUCGCCAUCUUCAUCUCCUACUCAUGAAUUCUCAUUUACAAUAUCUGUUCAACCCACUAAUAAGUUAUCAUCAUCAUCUCCUUCUUACGCAAUUGAUCUUUCUCCAGCUGAUGAGAUUUUUUUUCAUGGACAUCUUCUGCCUCUUCAUUUCCUUUCUCACUUUCCCAUGUCUCCUCGCCGUUCCACGGCCAAUUCAGUUGAUUGUUCUACUACUACUACUGCUCAACCCAUUAAAGAUGCUUUAGAAGAUAAGAAAACCAUAAACAUCAAACAGUUUAAUCGUAGCAAUAGUUUUAGAACAAAGAGAAGAGUCAAGGUAAAGUCUUUUUCUUUAUUCAGGCCUAUGAAAUGGCGAAAGCCAUGUGAAGCCGAUGAAGGAGAAGAAGGUGGAGAAGAAAAUGAGGAAACUGCAAUGAAAAAGAAGGUGAGAUUUGAUGCUGGUAUAAUAUUAAAAAGUUACUUGAGAAUGGUUAGGCCUCUCUUGUUUUUUAGAGGACUGAGUAGCAAGAAUUGCAAACUGCAAACGAGACCGCAUUCGUUUUCAUCGAGUUAUCCGAAUCCAAAAGCCAGGAAAGAAGACAGAGAUGGACGGAAUUCAGCACCUGCAUCCUUUCAAACAUCAAAUACUAGUCCUUUGCAGGCAAGAGAUAGAUUUCCAACCUUAGUGAAAGAUGGUAGCAUGGAUGAGUUACAAAGUGCAAUUGAAGCGGCAAUUGCUCAUUGCAAGAAUUCUAGCACAACACAAGAAGGGAAAUUCAAAUUCCAGUGUUGAGAUUUACCACUUCAUAUUUUCUUAAUUACUUUUUUUUUUAUCUUGUUAUAGGGGGGUUUAUAUAUUUCAUGGUGAUCAAAUGGAUCCUAAACAUGGAUUGGGUUUACAGAGUUCUGAUGAUAUCUAGUCAAUUUUAAGAAAUAGCGAAAUAUGUGUGUUUAUUUUUCUGUUUUGCAUGAAAAAAAAGAAGGUGAUUUUUGGUUCUUGGUCUGUUUGCUAAAUUUUCCAAAAAUAAAAAAUACAAUGGUGAAAGUUUAACUAAAA